AUGGCCAGAGGAAAACAAAAGGAACAAGCUCGGGAAAAAGCUCAAAAACAAGCCGAAGCUAGAGCGGGUGGUAAGUCUCAACUUAACGCUCGUGCCGCCGGGUUGCAAUUUAAAUGCCCCGUUUGUAAGACUCCCGCAGCCAAUUAUAAAAUUGUGGUUCAGCAUAUGGAGGCUAAACAUCCAAGAGAUGCUGUCCCAAGUGAGGAAUCUUUUCAAGCGUAA